AUGGACUUCUCAGAUUACUAUUGCAUCGACAUGCAUGGCUUCUCGGAGGUGGCGCCACCGCAGUUCGAGUUCGGAUCCGAACUUACGGCGAUCCCAUUCCCAACUGAAACCCCGGCGGCGUCCUCGCUGGAGGUCGUAGCCGCCGACGCCGCGGCGGCGGGGUGCGACGAUGGGCAGCGACUCCGCCGGAGGAUCUCGAACCGGGAGUCCGCGCGGCGUUCCCGCGCGCGGAAGCAGCGUCGCCUCAACGAGCUCCGGGGCAGCGCGGCGGUCAUGGAGCGCAGGAGGCGCGAGCUCGCGGCGUGCGCGCAGGCCGCGCGCGGCCGCCUGGCACUCGUCCGGCUCGCCAACGCCGGGCUGCGCGCCGAGGCCGCCGCGCUGUCCCGCCGGCUCGCGGCCGCCAGCCGCGCGCUCGCGCUCGGCCGUCUGUACCACGCCGCGGCACUGCAGCCUCGGGUUCCUGGACAUUGA